GAACCGGUCCGGCAGUUCGGCCAUUCCUUAGAAUGGCCGCCGGACCGGUUCGGACUCACCACUAUUCUCCAGGAGGCAGGGGCAGCUGUGCCUUCCUUGGCUGGGGGCCACCAGCACCCAGAGGGGUUGGGUAACUUCAUUGGGAGAGGUCUGUCAACGGCACCUAGUCGGAGGGCUAUGGGCCGCCUCCAGCCUCAGAGGCAAGAUGCCUCUGACUACCAGUGGCAGGGGAGUCACAGCAGCAGGAGAGAGGGCCUGCCCCUUCCAACGCCUGCCUGUGGCUUCCAGCGGCAUCUGGUGGGCCAGUGUGUGAAACAGGAUGCUGGACCCGAUGGGCCUCCUUGGGCCUGAUCCAGCAGGGCUGUUCUUAUGUGCCCGCUUAGUGAGGUGCUGGAACCAGCCUUCGGGGGUGCUCUCCUGUGGCACAGAAGGAGGAGUGGGACGCUUCAGGCGGGUGGGCCGCCUCCAGGCUUCGGAGCAGGAGGCUUCUAAAGGCACCAGCGGCCGGGGGAGCAAGGAGAGAGGGCCUGCUGUCCCGAGCUCUUGCCUGUGGGCUUCCCGGGGGCAUCUGGUGGCGGGCCACUGUGAGGAACCGGAGGCUGGGCUAGGGAGGCCACCGUGGGCUUGAUCCAGCAGGGCUCUUCUUCUGCUCUGAUGGCACUUCCUGUGGGUGCCACAACCACCCAGGAUCCCAGCUUUCAGGCCAAGGUCUCUCAAAGCACUUGCCUUUGAAAAGAUGGAAACCUUCUAGGCUGCUGGUGCAGAGAUGGAAACCUCAGCCAGGAGGCCAGGAAGAACUUGGCAGCAGAUGGCAGAGCACAAGGAGCAGCAGCAGCAGCAGCAAGAGAAAGGCCCGAAGAAAGCAGCCUAUUUGGCUGCCGUAGAGAAGUAGCACCAGGAAACUGGGGGCCGUCUUCCCUGCAGGUGCUCCCCUAUGCAGGAGCCCCCCCCCCCGACAGGUGCAGUCUGCAGGCAUCGAUUUCAUAAGCAGCGGAAGCGUAACCAGGGCUUUGCCCUAGGAGAGCAGCUUCCCCUCAUCUCAGAGACCUUGCGGCUGACUGUGGCUUUCCAGUGAGCAGGAAUGUUCCGCAAGGAGAAGAGCAUCUUGCUGAAGGACAGCAGCUUAGCCCUCUACAACAACCUGAGUGUGCUGCCCCUCCCCACCAAGCAGCUCACCUACUUUGCUAGCGUGCACGGCAGCACCGUCAACAUGGUGAGCGCCUCGGCCGAUGGGCUCAGCUUCUCGCACCGCCAGCUGCAGGCCAAGGAGGGCAGCCUGGGGGUCAGCAGCUCCAUCAUCACCCAGGCCUCCUGGUGUGUCCUCCCUUCUCGUGUCCUCCUAGUGCUAACUUCAGAGAAAGGGAUCCAGAUGUACGAGUCGGAUGGCUCCAUCAUGGUGUAUUGGCAUUCUCUGGACGGCAUGGAGGCGUUGCCAGGCCAGGCCAUGUUUGCGCGGGGGAUCGCAGCCACGGGCCAGCGCUUUGUUUGCGUAGGGACCUCGUCCGGGGCUGUCCUGGUCUUCAACAUCCCCUCCAAGGGCGCCAACAUCACGUUGAGUGAGGUCCUGGAAGAGCACCGCGCUGCCAUCACGGACAUUGGCGCAGAGCUGUGUGAGCAGCCGCCGGAAGGCAUUGCUGACCUGGUGACAGCUGACGACUCUGGUGUCUUGUGUGUCUGGCGUUCCGGAGAGGAGUUCAAGUGGAUCGCCAAAAUCCCAGCCACGGGGUGCACCUGCUCUUCCGUGAAGCUGUGGAACGGGGUCGUUGCGGCUGGCUAUGGGGACGGACAGAUUCGUCUGUAUGAGGCCACGAGCGGGACCCUGCGGGCUGAAAUCGCGGCUCACGCACGCUGGAUCUGUGCCUUGGACCUGGCCCCGCUCUCGGGAAAGCUGCUGUCUGGGGCCGAGGACUCCUUUGUGCAGGUCUGGGGACUGGGCCGUAACCUGGACACUGGGGACAUUGAGGUCGAGCACUGCCACACGGAGUGUGUGGCCGACACCCAGAUCUGCGGCGCCUGCUUCUGCAACCCGGAAGGCAGUGCCUUUGCUGUCACCGGCUACGAGCUCAGCGAGAUCCUCCGCUACACACAGGUGUAGCAGCUCCUCCCCCUGGCUGUGGGAGGGGCACGGCCUGGAGCGGGGAGGGGGGCAGCCCCGCCCUCCUGCCUUCCCGGCGGGCUCCUGGCGAGCGGCUGCUGUGGCACCCCCGCCUCCCUCCCCUCUGGGCCAAGGCUCUCCCCCAGUUGCGAGCAAAGCAAGCGCGCGGCCCCCAUGGACUGGCUUCCCCCUCCAGUCCAGCCUGGCCGGAUGCUGGGGAGAGGAGCUGGGCCCCCUCCUCUGGGCCCGGCUGGGGACCCCCGCCCAAGCAGGCUCCCUCCAGCAGCUUGGCAGCCUCUCUUUCGAUCCCUGGGCUCCGCGGUGGUGCUAGCAAGCGCUUAGUGCUGGCUUUCUCAGGAGAAGGGCAAGGAUGAACGUAGGCGGAAGACAGAGCACCUCUGGGGAGGGCUGCGUGGGGGGAAGCCGGGUCCUCCUCCUCUCCCUUGGUCGGCCUUGCCCCAGCGCCUCUGGCUCGCCGGUCGUCGCAUCCGGCUGCCGCCUUCCCUUGCUCUCCCUCCCAGGCCCCAGAGUCUGGCCUCAGUCCCAUUCCUCCUCGGUGCAGAGGGGCCCUUCCUCUUCAACAAGAAGGCUGCAGUGAGGGGGGCCGGGGCGGGGGGGGACCUUGGAAACCUGAGGUUGAUGGGGAGGUCAUGCGCUCCAGAGACCCCCAAGCAAGCCCUGCCCAGCUCAUUUCCAGGCCGCAUUUGCUGCCUCGGCGGGUGCUGCCUGGAAACGGGCUGGGGAGGGCCUUCUGGCAAUCGCAGCCCACCCCCACCGCCUUGUGCAGCAUGCCACAGGCAGUGGGGGCUCUGGCAGCCCGAGUGCUCUGAACCCCUUUGCUCAGUGGGGCUCCUCCCUUGGUUGGGCUGAGCUGCACGUGGCGGGGGGGGGGGGGAGGUCAAGGCGGCAGGGCAGGCCCGCGAAGGGCCCCUGCCCACGGCUGGCUGGCUUGCUUGCUUGGUGAGCAUGAUGACUGCCAUGCCUUGCCCUGGCUCCAAGGGAACUGGAGCAGCCCCCCAAGAUCAGCCUGCUGGAGGAGGGAGGACUGCUGGCAGCCAAGCAGGGGGCCCAGCCUCUCUUCUCUCUGGGCUCGCACACGGGCCCGUCGCUGGAAGUUGGGCCACGUGUGUGAUCGUGCCGUGGCAGUCGCAAUGUGAAUGUUUGUAGACUCUUCCGGCUCAGAGGCUAGAAGAUGAAUAAAGAUUUUAACUGUGA